AUGGCAACUACUGCAAAUUCUCGCACGAACAGCGACGCUGCCUCAGUGCCAUUUUCUUACGCACAAGCCGCCAAAGGUCUGGUGGCCGCACCAGGCUCAUCUGCCAGCAAAGCCUCCUCAUCAGGUGCUGUCACACCUGCAAAAGACCCACAGUCAGCGAGCACGUCUGCCGCAGCAGUCAUGAGCUGGGCCGAAGAUGCCGAAGGCAACGAGUCCCGCCCCGAGAACACCUCGGGCUCAAGCGAGUCACGUAACAAGGACACAAAAUCUGCGGCAGCGCCCAGUGAAUUGACGGCGGCCGCAUUAGCAUCUCCCGAGAUUGGAGCAUCGACUGCCUCAACUGUCACCAAAGACGACGAUGUCUCAUCGAUACCGAACACGUCUUCAGAUUCAACGUGGGAGAACAAGUCGCAGGCUUCAACCUCGGUUGACAAAUCGACCGAGCCCAGCGAGAAGUCAUCACAGAAGGGCAAAGGAAAGAAGCGAGAGCAGGCACCCGCGAAACCCCUUCAAGAAGCCCCUCUGCCCGCUGUCAACAUCUGGCAGCAACGAGCUGAGCUACGAAAGCCGGCGAAGCAAGCUACUGCGGCUGCAUCCUCAAACGGUUCUGUGAAUGGAACCUCUGCACCCAAGCACUCGAAGGAUGUAGAAAACAGAGUCGCUGCAAACGAGGUCAAGAUGCGGGGCGCUGAGGAAGAACGAACCAACCCGGUUCGACAAGAAUCAAAGGAGGUCGAUUCGGAUAAGGCUAGGAAGAACACGAGGGCUCGACCCCAAGAGAGGGAUGCGAGGGAAGCACCCGGCGUAGUUUCGCUGCCACCCGAGCGUGAUCAGGAGUCCUGGCCGACAAUGGACGCCGCGACCGCAAUCGAUGAAGACCGCAAGAAGGCCCCGGAGAAGACCGAGAAAUCGGACAAGGAGCGCAAGGAGAGUACUGGGGCCAAGACCAAGGGACAGUGGGUGAAAGUCCCCUUCGUCCCGAGCGUCAAUUUCAACACGCCUCUGCCCAGCAGCGGAGCGCGUAGAGGUGGACGAGGUCCAGCGCGGGGUGGAGCACAGAACGGCGGUCGUGCUGGUCUCAGCACAAGUGGUCCUGAAAAGGAUACCUCAUCGCCUGCCGCCACCGCCAACGGUGAUCAACCGAGGCGUGGUCGGCCAGAUGUGCCAAUCCGCGAGACUUCUCCCAAGGCCAAGCGAACUGCUAGCGCCAGCUCUCCUGCUACCAAAGAUAAGGCUGCCCAGCUCAACGGGGAAAAGCCAAAGUCUACGCCGGCCGAGAUUGAUUCUCAGUCGAAAGAAAAUGGCGUGUUGUCUGAGUCACAGAACAACGUCUCUGGACCAAAUGGGCACAACACCUUCCCGCGUCAAUACCCCUCCAACCGACCCAGCAAAGGCAAGAGGACCGAGUGGUCGGGCCCAGACAGGAGAAGGGAGGGUGAUUCAGGCGCCUCUCCCAAGGAGAACGGCGUGCCGAACGAUCGCGCUUCUGCAGCAGCCCAAACAGAUGGCCCAGAGGACGCAGAGCGUCGAACGUUCCAGGAAGGUCAGGCACCUUUCCAAUCGAAGCGGGGAGCGGGGGACCGAUAUGGUUCCUACAACAGCCGCGAACGCCGCGGCGGCCGUGGUGGUGGUCGGGGAGGCAACUUCUCGAAUGGACACCAGUUCGCAAAUGGCCACAUGAAGUCCUCUUCUACUUUCCCUGGACCAAUGUCUCCUACCGCUUUCAACCCGGAACAGAGCCCUUACUUCCCGCAGUCGAGAUAUAGAAACGGCCCGCGCUCGCAAUCCGUCACAAAUGAGAACAUCUACCGUAUGCCCGGCCAGUUCGGUGGUCCUCAACAAAUGCCUCCCAUCAACACAUUCAUGGGCGGAAACGCUUAUGACUACCCGAUGAUGCAGCCCAUGAGCGCCGCACCUUUUGGCCAGUUCGGGAUGGAUCACUUUGCGAUGUUUUCCAUGGUCACCACUCAGCUCGAGUACUACUUCUCGUUGGACAAUCUGUGCAAAGACAUGUACCUACGAAAGCACAUGGACUCGAAAGGUUUUGUCUUCUUGAGCUUUAUCUCCGAUUUCAACCGGAUAAAGCAUUUGACGACUGACCUGGAGCUGAUAAAGCUUGUUUGUUACCAAUCGCGUGCGAUUGAGUUCCGCGUUGGUCACGACGGAAAGGAUAGGCUACGUGCUCGUGAGAACUGGCAGCAGUGGGUGUUGCCGGUCGAGGAGCGAGACUCUUCGGCGCAGAACGAGGGCCCGGAGGAGUUAUACAACCCACCCAUUCCUCACCCGAAUGGGUUCGAUCCCAAUGGCAACCCGAGGUAUCCUGACAUGUCUACACCGCCGCCAUCAGCCCCGGGCGCGUACGGCACCGAAGGACCUCAUCCCACUGCGAAUGGAUUUCACCCUGGAGCCCCGCAACAUGUUACAAGCGAGAGCGUGCCCAACGGUGUGAACGCUGAGCAUGUCAACGGCAACGCCAUUGCGAAUGGCCAACCCACCGACGAUUCCACAAAGGCUGUGAGUGGCGAACCCGAUUCUUUUUCCAAUGAGCAGGUCGAAUCUUUGACCGUCAUCGUCCGAAAGCGAGACGAUUCCCAGAUGCCAGCUUUGCCCCCUCCGUCCAACUGUUCAUUUUCUAAUACGUUACACAGUAGGAACGACGUGGGGGUUGAGUCUGAAGAACGAGUCGGUCGCCGCGCCAUUCGUACGCCGAAUGGCGUUGAUUCGUCGUCGAGCGUUGAUAGCGAAGUUCGAGACCAGUAUCCACGAACUCCGAGCCCCUUUGCAUCGACCUCCCCGAUGGCUUGUUCUCAGUACUGGGUGAAAGACAACGAUGCACCUGUCGAUGUUGCUCCACCUGGUUGUUUCCACGAAUCCUAUGCUGUCCUUCGAUCGAAAGCGCUCUACCAGCGCCAACAAUCCGCUCCCGGUGGCUGCUCGUAUGAUAUGAGCGUGCUCUACCAAUUUUGGUCUCAUUUCCUCGUCCGUAACUUUAACAAAAUCAUGUACGACGAAUUUCGCACUCUCGCACUUUCGGAUUCGCACAACAAGUUGUCGGAAGUCGGCGUUUCCAACCUGAUCAAGUUUUACGGAGAGUCUCUACUGUCAGGUCAAAACAUCGUCCGUAACGCUGUUGCCCACGACUUUGUAGACUUGAUACGGUCGGAAACCCAACCCAAUCGUCCAGCUUUCCAACAGCUACGAUUGGCCUUACAUAACGACAAUAUGAACGCUCGGAACCGGGUACGUAUUAAUGAACUCCUGGAUGACGAGCUGAAAGACUCACUGCGAUGA